UCGAGCAAAAAUGACACGAUUUUGGGUAAUCGGAAUUGUUCUUCUAGGCUGCUUUCUUUUGGGCAACGCAUGCAAACACUGUGUUUCGAAAGAACAGUGUUUAGAAGAGAAACCUUUAACCAAUGCUAGAGGAAAUGACUGUCCACCAAAGCAAAUCUGCUGUAAGACUUUACGCGGAAGUUUUAAUUGGAUCAAAUCUGAAGAGCAAGUAAGACCGACAAAAAUCUCCGAAGUCCUAGUCGCUCACUCAAAAGAACGACUAAUUUCUAGAGAUCAACAAUUAUGCGGACUGAGCAAUGCAAACGGCUUGGAUUUCAGGCAAGAGGUGACUGAAGACCAGUCAAGGCCCGGUCAAUAUCCCUGGGUGGUGGCUCUAUUCAGCAACAAUGAGUACUUUUCUGGUGGAUCCUUGAUAGCACCACAUGUUGUCCUCACAACAGCUCACCGUUUAGUAUAUAAGACCGCCGAAGACAUUAUGGUCAGGGCUGGUGAAUGGGACUUGGACUCUGAGGAAGAGGACUUUGCUUUUGAGGAGCGUGAAGUGAAGAGAAUUACGAUCCACGAAAAAUUUCAUUUCCCUAGUGGUGCCAACAACUUGGCCCUGCUAUUCCUAUACGAACCAUACGAGUUGAAGAAACAUAUCAGAACUAUAUGUUUGACUACUCCACUAAAAUCAUACGAUGGACGUCGCUGCAUUGUAGCCGGUUGGGGUAAAAGAAAGUUUGAGGAUCUAGACAAUUCGGCGAUUCUGAAGAAAGUUGAUCUACCCGUGCUGAACAAAAACACAUGUCAAGAGCAACUAAGAAACACAACCUUCGGCUUCAAUUAUCAACUCCCCGAGAGUUUUAUUUGCACCGGAAGUGGGAUUGGACAUGUCUGCUCAGGAGAUGGAGGAUCUGCCUUGUUCUGUCCCGUCGGAGGUGAAAAUUCGCAUGUCUACGAGCAAAUUGGCAUUGUUAACUGGAGCGUAAAGAGUGGCCAGACAACCUACACGGAUGUGGGUAUGUUUAGAACUUGGAUUGCAGAGCAGGUCCUAGGCUUUGUCAAUUAGAAUUAUAAUAGAAAACAUAUUUUAAUAAAAAAAAA